AGGCGGAUUCUAGUAGAAAAGUAAAAACAUUACUAUUUAUUUUCCCUUGGUAGUAGAUAUAUAUAUAGGGCUUGUAUAUAGUCCUACAUAAAUUGGAAUCGGAUUGUCUGCUGUAACUGUCACACGCAGUAGUCAAUCUCAACCAUUAAAAAGUGAUCAGACAGCUAUCAUUUAUUCAAUAUAGUUUCACAAAAUUUUGAUUUUAACCAUUCAUUUUUUAUCGGAUGGUCUAUAGCAAUAACACGGUUUUGAUCUUAAUCGUUUGUUUUUUAUCGAAUGGUCUACAAUAAUUACUGUGUUAAUGCAGUAACUGCGUAUACUCCGGUCCAUACAGAGCAAAAAAAAAAAAACUCUGGCUUUAAAUGGGGCCCCCGCAAGUGGGUGGUGGGAUUGGUCCCCUUGAAUUAGUCGGUCCUAAGACCGGAUACCAAGUUUUCAAAAAAAAAAAAACUGCGUAUACUCCGUUUCCCAUAAAUUGAGCUAGUUUUUGCAUAUUUUAAGAGAUACUUGAAAUGUCUUCUUCAUAAUCUCAACAAAAAAUAAAGUUUAUUUUUCAACUAAACCUUAUGUUAAAUCAACCAAAUGUCUCAAUCUAAUUUCCAUCAUCUUUCGGCUGUAAAGUUUGGCAUGUCACAAACUCUCUCAUCUCAUGUCACGUACACAUUUUUGUCUUACCUUUCAUUAAACUAAUGAAACCUUCUUCACUGUUCCUAGUUUCUCAAAAUAUUUAGCACAGAACAGAACUUGUUGUAUUGUACAAAAGGAUAUAUACUAACAUACACCACAUGAACUUUUACUUAUCUAGCACCACCAAUAUUCCUUGUUGCACUCUCUCUAACUUUUUCUUUCUCUGUUGUUUGUGUGCAUUUUCUGUAUUGUAUAUAUUUUUUUUUAACUUAUGAGCUUAUUAUAAGGCAACAAAGAAAGCCAAAACUUUUUUGAACUGAAACAGAACUAGCUUUGUCUCUCAAAGACAUGGAUAAUGGUUGCUUUUCUUCGCCUCGGCGUGAUUUUCCUAAUGGUUUAAGAGUUCUUGUUGUUGAUGAUGAUCCAACAUGGCUUAAGAUCCUUGAAAAGAUGCUUAAAAAGUGUAAUUAUGAAGUGACGACGUGUUGCUUAGCAAGACAUGCUCUAAGCUUGCUUCGUGAAAGGAAAGACGGAUACGAUAUAGUGAUCAGCGAUGUAAACAUGCCCGACAUGGACGGUUUCAAACUUCUUGAGCACGUUGGACUUGAAAUGGAUCUUCCUGUCAUUAUGAUGUCUGUGGAUGGAGAAACAAGCAGGGUGAUGAAAGGCGUUCAACACGGAGCAUGUGAUUAUCUCCUUAAGCCUAUAAGGAUGAAAGAGCUGCGAAAUAUAUGGCAACAUGUAUUCAGAAAAAGGAUACACGAGGUUAGAGACUUUGAAAAUUUCGAGAGUUUUGAGAGCAUGCACUUGAUGACAAAUGGAUCAGAACUGUCCGAGGAGGGGAACCUGUUUGCUUUAGAAGAUAUGACCACAACGAAGAAAAGAAAAGAUUUAGAUAACAAACACGACGACAAAGAAUUUCUCGAUUCAUCUUCCUCAAAGAAAGCCAGAGUAGUUUGGUCUGUAGAUCUUCAUCAGAAGUUUGUUAAAGCAGUGAAUCAGAUUGGUUUUGAUAAAGUUGGUCCGAAGAAAAUACUAGAUUUGAUGAAUGUUCCAUGGCUGAGUAGAGAGAAUGUUGCUAGCCACUUGCAGAAAUACCGGCUUUACUUGAGUAGGCUUCAGAAAGAUAACGAACAAAAAUCUUCCCCAAGUGGAAUGAAGCAUUCUGAUUUACCUUCAAAAGAUGUAGGAAAUUUCAAUUUUCCGAACUCAGCAAUCAAGCAACAAAACGAUGCUUCAAUUGACAGAUGCAACUAUUCAGAAGGAACCUUACAUCAUCAGAACAUGGAAACUAAAAGUCAUGAAGGUAAUCCCAAAGGAAUUGUUCCACAUUCCACCACUGCAGAAAAGGCAAGACCUUUGACUGGUAACAUCACUGAUACAAAUAUUCAACCUUUUGCUUCGCUCGAAUCAGAAAGAAAACAUGCAGCGUUUGAUUGCACCAUGUCAAUACCGUAUUCUUGGACUGAUAUUCCAAAAUCACAGCUCAAGAAAGAACAAAAGCCAGUUGUUCAUCUAGAGGACAACUUCAACUUGUUGCCUUUCCAUGGUAAGAAGCAUAACAUUCAAGUUGAUCAAUCACAGUCAAUUGCUUCAAUUAGUUCAACUCCCUCUAUAACCGAGCAAGAUGUUGCUGCUUGUAUAGAAACCAAACCUAGGUUUUCUGGUUACAAGAAAGACUAUACUAGUUCAGUGAGUUCAAUAAGAAGUUCAGUUGACACCUUUCCUUUCCGACCCGGAAACCUUAUGAUGAAUGAUCAACCUUCACAACCCAUUUCAACUACUAAUUUCAGCUUAAAAACACAGUCAUCUAAUAAUCUCAGUUGCAUUUCUGAUCUAGAGUCUUACCAAAGAAACCUACUUUUCGGAGGCGAGGCUGCUUCUGCAGCACCUUUGGACGAGGACUUAUAUUUCUAUUGGCAUAAUAUGAACUUUGGUCAGCCGAAUAUAGGAAUGUCUGAGUAUUAUGAUCCAGGGCUUCUCACAGAAGUUCCAAAUCACUUAUAUGAUUCAGCAGAUUAUUUAGUAAUUGAUCAAGGUCUAUUCAUAGCAUGAUCAGACUGAUAUUUCCUGCUUAUUCAGAAAAAAAAUCAGAAUUUCAUGCAUGAAAUGACAGAUUCAAUGUUUGUAGUAGCCAACUACAUCUACUAUUAUUGAACAAUUACAAGGAUUGGGGGAUUCUUUUUCCUGUCAUCAAGGAUUUGGAUAUUAAAGCAUGUAUAAAAGUAGGGGGUGAUAAAUAUUAAGCUUAAGUAAUAAGCUUGCUUCCUUCUUACUUAUUUUGUUCCAGGACUUGCGUGAAAAAAAUAUGCAUUGUAACUUCGGGUUAACCAAAGUAUAAAGGACCAAAUAUUUUUCGUA